CACAAUCCAUAAACACCCCUGUUAAGCACAUGUAAAAAUAGGCCAUAAACGGUCAAUUGAAUGUUGGCUUGGGAAAAUAACUGAAAGUCAGGACACAUUGUGAGUGCAACCGCCUCUUUCUUCUACACUCCAGCGAGAGCAGAUCCGUCACGUUCACGGUUGCUCACAAUCUUCUGCGUGCUCCUCUCUCUACUCGUCAACUGCAAAAUUUAGGCUCCAGAGACUAGAAAGCUAUAACGAGCGAUGAUUAUUGGUUCCUACACAAUUGCCUGCGUCAAGGUAUAUUUCGAGUGUGGAAGUUACGAAUGCGAUGUCGAGCAUUGACUACCAAAACCGAGGCAGAUUCAGCAUUUGGGCUCCGCUUUCUCUCUACAAUGUGUUUAUCAUUCGGAGCUCCAGCUACCAGAAACUGCCAUCAGAGCCGCUCAAACUCUCUGUUCUCAAAUUAGACGGCUCUUCAUUCGUGGUUAAUGUCCCAAGGAAUGCUACUGUGGCGGACCUGAAGUUAGCUAUUGAGCAAGUUUUCGAUUUUUCCUGCGAGGGCGAAGACAUAAUUCUAUGGUCACUUGUAUGGAGCCAAUUCUGUUUGUGUUAUGCAGCUCAGAAGCUCACAAAUGACAAAGCUUGCGUUCGGAGCUUAGGGAUCAAAGAUGGUGAUCAGCUUCAAUUUAUGCGGCAUAUGAUGAUUGAAGGAAUUGAAUGCAAAACGGAAAAGCAACCAUCCAAAAGUGCAGAAGAUCACCCCGAUCAAUACUCAGUGAUAAAUAUUUGUGAAGCAAGUCAGAGUAACAACAUGUGCCUUAACAAUAAACAAAGCACUUGUUUCGAGAUUGUUGAAGAGAAGCGGAAGGACACGAUGCAUGCACCAGAAUUCAAGUUUGCUCAUCUUGUGAAAGGGUGGUUAAAACAACCAAAAUUUUGGCAUUCAAAAGGAAAAGGACUUCGAGAAUGCAACCGACCUUCAGUAUUUCGUUGUCAGUGGGUCAGAUCAUGAGUAUAUUAAGGAGGUGGUUGGGGAUGGGAUGGGCAUGUGAGUUCAAAUUCAUCUUUUAUCUACUCUAGAAUCUUGAUGUCAUUCUGAGAUGGGAUAGGCACAAUACUUUUUGCAUGCAUGUGUCUCACAGCAUUAGCUUUUGUACCACUGCUGAAACCAAGCAUUUGGGUUGAUCUAGAGAAGGAGAAUUAGAUGGGGAACUUCAGAGCACAACCAAACCAAUCUCUAACCAACUUAUCCCCAUGGAUAAUAUUAGACACAUUAAAGAGUGC